AUCGUGUACGACAGGAUUCUCUCACAGGCAAGACACAAAUCUGUCUAUCCGCCGCUGCCCAAUGUGUGGCUGGGGACUUGGGCAACGUCUUAUACAUUGACAGUGGGACAAAUUUUUCCGUUGCCCGCCUGCGGACAUACCUGCAACCUCUAGGUCACGCGCUUAUGAUGUCGAUAGCAACAGCACUAAGAACACUCACGCGGGAGCAUAAUGUGAUCAUUAUAACUACGAAUGGCGUAACGAAAAUGCAUAAGAAUGCAAACUAUAAGUCAGCUUUGGGGACAAGUUGGAUAGAAGUAGCGGAUACCCGUAUUACUUUACAAGAACCAGCCGAUACAUCACAAGCUAUUGGUGUCACCCAAAUUGAAGCCAACGUGAUAACAUCAAAUCGAAUACAGCCUAAAAAAGGCGGCAUAUUUCAAAUCAGUGGUGCAGGAAUUACGUAGGAACCCCCCUUGCAGUGUAACGAAGACGCACAAGAGUGCAAACUUUAGGACAGCAUUGAGGACAAAUCGAAUAGGAGUAGCGGAAACGCGCAGUACUUUGAAAGAACCAGCC